AUGUCUCCCGCCCUCGAGGACUGUCCGCCAGAAAUCAUCGAAAACAUCUGCCGCGUCCUCGACCUGGAAGCUGUCUGCCACCUUCGCCAAACAUGCCGCGAACUAGCUUGCAAGGCUACCCAGGAUCACUUUGAGUCCUUCCUCCAAUGCAAAGAGGUCUUUAUCACGCCCGACGGGCUCCAACGCUUUGCCAAGGCAACACAGUCAGGCCUUAUCUCCUCUAGGCUGCAGAGAUUGAAAUUGACGGGUAUCGUUAACAAUACUCUGCGCCUAGCUGCCACCACCAGGGACGAAGGUCUGGAAAGCGAUGUCCGCAAAGACGCAGAAAGGCAUCUGGAUGUACUGACACAGCGACAAGAAGAGUUUGAGGAGAUGCAUAGUGCCGGCCUCGAUAUACUGACCUUGGCUGAAGCUUUCCGUAAUCUCGCGACUUGCUCUGUCAGGAGUGGAACGCUACUGUCCAUCUCUCUGAACAUCGUAGCAUACCGCACAGACUCUAAGCAGCGACUCCAGCCCUCUGCGCAGGGAAGCUGGAAAAUGAUCUGGGAGCGCACGGCCAGCACGUACUGGACGUGCAUGCGAGCACUGUUGCAGAGCGGCUUACAGAUCAGUGCGUUGGAUGUCUUCACGAAGCAGGAGCGAUGCAGUCUCGCCUGCAAUGAGAUGAGCGCAAUGAUUCCCACGGACGGCAUGCCAUCAUUGUCCACUCUGAAGUCGCUGAGCAUCAGUCUCUCUGAUCGACUGAUCGAGGAAUCCCACCGGGAGGCCGAGCGGACAGGGGACUCAGCAGACGAGAUCGAUUGGGAAGUUGACGAUAAAGGUGGUCGGCCUCACAGUGAGCUAGCCAAGGAGGCAGCGGACGAGAGCAAUUACAGCGGGCUCAUUCACUUGCUAAUCUCCUGCCCGGCGCUGGAGGACCUGGACCUACAUCAAUACUCGCUAAAGACCCGCGUCCCGGUCUCUCUGCACAAAGAGAGGUAUUUGCAGCGUAUAGCUGAGCAAGCUCCACUAUCCAAGCUGAAAAGCCUGACUUUGCGGGGCUUCACGGCUAGGGCCGACGACCUCCUUGUCCUUGUCCGCAGGCCUGCUCUGCGGGUUUUAAAGCUUGAACGCCUGCUUCUCGUAGCAGGAUCCGGCAAUUUCCAGCCCAUCUUCAAGUACUGCACGGGUGCCAAUAGCUGCUAUGAUGAGCUGCACUUUGAAGACUUGUACGAGGGUCACGUACUAGUGCUAUUCGCUAGUAUCGCUUCUGGAGGACUGGAAAAUGCUACUCUGCGCCGAUCUGGUGUGCAAGAGGUGCGAAGGCCGAUUGUGUAUCAGGCUCGUGAGGAGGAGAUUGUGGGCAGCCCUGGGGUGUACGAGCAUCAAGCGAAGGUAAGGAGGAUCUAUGGACCUCCACGAUGA